CACCCGCUAAUAAAUUCCCGCGGUAUGACGUCACUUCGGCGGCAAAAUUAACCCCGCCUAUCAGCACAUGCAAAAAAAACAAAAACAACAACAAGUACAUGGCGGCUACAACUUCUUUGCUUUGGGUUGUUGUAGUCCUUUCUACGACCUUAUUCGAGCCCUAUGUAGCUAACCCACUGUACAGAAGAGGCCUUCCAUUGCCUCCAGAUCAUGCUACUUCUGCAAGCCAUUACGGGAACCGUUUCUCAAUCUCAUUCCCUUCAUCCACUUACGAUGCCUCGUACUACAUUCACUUGAUACCGGAAUUACCUACUCCCAUAGAGCUAAUCAUCAACAUCACUGACUCGCUUAGCUUGCUAUGGCCCCUGAACGGAUCUCUGAUCGGCCGCAGCAUAAGCAGACUCAAUUUAACUUCAAAUCAUGCUGUUGUCCUUCCAACAGACUCUGCUGUCGAUAGAAACAUAUUAAUAUACUCUUCUAAUCCGAAUCAGACCUUUAGUGUAACUGGAGUUGCAAAAUCGGAUCAUUUCACUUCAACUUUUCUUGCUUUGCCACCCAUUGCUCAUAACUUCAUUAAAAGAUACCAGUACACUCAAUUCUCUCUUCCAAUUGAAGAUACGACGAACAACGACUACUCCAUGUUUUUACUCAGUGACGUUUUCAAUAGAGUAGCCCCUUUCUCACUUGCACCUCCAAAUCUAGAAGAAAAGGUCCAGAUUCGAGAUGUGUAUCAAUUGUUUGCUAACCCACAACGAACCAUACAGGGUUUUCCGACCCCCUUCAGGUCUUUAAGACCAGAUGACACCUUUCAUUUUGAGAGCUCUACUGUCGAUAUGACUGGUAUCACAGUCUGGGGGGAAGAGCCGUUCAAUUUCAUUGCGUCCCAAGUUUGUAAUAUAAACCCAACAAAUAGAAACUGUCGCCAAGUCAUUGAACAGAUACCUCCAUCGCAUACUUGGGGUUACUUAUUCCAUAUAAUGCCCUUUGAAGACCCUCCAAAUCCAGGCUACCUUAUUCGUAUCCGCCCACUUUAUCACAAUAGUUCCGUGACGUACAACUGCCAUGAUGACAUUGAAGACAGCACAGACUUCUCGCUAGAAGGUUUAGACAUUGACAUCAAGUCACAGACUCCUUGUGUCAUCACAGCAGAGCAGCCUAUCGCUGUAAUGCAGUAUUUUAUAGACGAGGACAUUGCGUUAAUGGUUUGGGUAGCGCCUGUCAGUCAGUACCAACAAGUCUCUGCUUUUUACGUCCCGUCAUUUGGACCCGAUUUCAAACACUACAUAACAGUGACAGUCAAUGAGAGAUGCUUUAAUUCAUCACUUAUUCUCAUUGAUGGACUCCCAAUCGACUCUGAUUCAAACUCUUGGACUCCUUUAUAUUGUAGCAAUGCUUCCAGUGAUGCCUGUGGAUAUGGUUACUCUACUAAUGUUAGCAGUAGAGACAGGAGGUAUACCGUGGAGCAUGUGGAUGAGAUAUGUGCCGUUAACAUAAUCAGCUAUGGAUGGAGCAGCAGUUCUGGAUAUGCUCAUUCUUGUGGGUAUAAAAUGGAGCCGAUUGGAAUCCCCAUACUGUCCAUAGAUCAUGGCGAAUACAAUGGCGAUGAAGGUGACAAUAUCACUAUUAGCUUAACAAGAAGAGGCCACAUACUAACUGAUUUAACUGUUAGAUAUGAAUUGAGGACACUGACCGAUAUACCAGGGCUAAAUAUAUCUGAAAGUUUCCGAAGAACAAAUGGUCAAAUCACCAUUAGCAGUAACACUACUAAUUUUAAUCUUGUGCUGCAUGGAAUCGAUAACAGAAUAGCCGAGGCUGAAAGGCUCUAUAUAAAAUCAUUUAUCUUACAUUUAUUUCCUAUUGAUGGUGACGAUGUGUACAUGCCUUAUAACACGACAAUCAUUAGGAUUAAGGAUGAUGACAUACUAACAAUUGGUUUUGAAGUUCCUACUGUCACUGUGACAGAAGGUGAUACUGGCUUGAACUUUAUUCUGCGCUCUAGAGCUGGUAUUAUUGAUGGCGGUACUGGUAUAUCAGUAACAUUAACUACCAUUAACGGAACAGCUCUUGUUAAUGAAGAUUAUGAACGCAUUAAUGAUGGUACCCUUCGUCCUGGGCGAUCGCAGUGGUCUCUUCCAUACACCAUAAGGAGUGAUAGCAUCGUGGAACCCGUUGAAUACUUCACAGUUAGUUUAGGACUCAGGCUGGUCAGACCAAGACCAAAUGUACGACUAGGACUUAACAGGCUCAACGUAACAAUCAUUGACGAUGACAGAGUUUUUUUCAGGUUUGGGCAGGCAAAUUAUUCUUUGCCGGAGAAUAACGGCUCAGUAGUGGUUACUGUUAACAUGGGUGGUACCACACGCAUUCCACUGAAAGUGUCAAUUGAGACAUUUGAUAUCACUGCAUAUGCUAAUACUGAUUAUAUGCCCCUUAGUCGGACUGAGUUGACAUUUUUAAAUCAAAGCUCAAUGAGGGUUACUCUGUUGAUACUUGAUGACAUGUUCCUUGAAGGAAAUGAGGUUUUUGGAGUUAGCCUAACUAGUACAGACCCACGAGUAAACUUUGCUGCCCCAAGAAUUGCUAAUGUAAUAAUUCAAAACGAUGAUAGUGUUAGCAUUGGUUUUAAUGUUUCAAAUGUCGAAGUAUCCGAAAACGACGCUUUUGCUAAUAUCAAUAUAGUGAUUGAUGGAACUGUCUCGUAUAGGGACUUUUAUAUACACUUUGAAACUCUUCAAGACUCCGCAGUGGCAGGCUCCGAUUUCAUUCCAAUAUCUAAUGAUAUACUAUUCCCUGCUAACACCACGGUCAUCACAAUAUCUAUUAGGAUUAUUAAUGAUAGUAUAACGGAGCAAGCAUCGGAGUCAUUCACUGCCAUUGUGAGAGGAGCAGACAGGGACCUCUCAUUUGUUAAAGUAUCCAGUAUAAAUCAGAUCCCUGUAGCUAUUAAUGACGAUGAUUGUAAGUGCCUUUGUAUUGAGAAUGUCUGCGUGUCUGUCAGUGAUUACAUUAUUAUUUUGGAACGAGUAGACUUCUCAUCAAGCUCACCCAUUGCUUCAUUCCCCGUCAUUAUUAAUGAUGAUGAUAUUGUAGAGGAGCAAAUUGAGUCUUUUGUUGUUAGUAUUUCAUCACGUCUGUCACUGAGUGGAAUUAUUAUCAAUAGAAAUUCAACUAGAAUUAACAUCAGAGAUGAUGAUGUCUUGACUGUGUCUUUCAAUUCUUCAUCGUACAGUGCUAAUGAGAGUGAUAGUGUUGUCAAUGUCUAUGUUGAUGUCUUUGGGUUGAGUGAACUCAGCCUUCAACCAUUUUUCAUGACAAUAAAUAAUGGAACUGCCAGAGCUGGUUUUGACUACAUACCAGUAUCGAGGGCACUGAGUUUAACAAACAAUCAAGUGAUUGUUCCCAUUACUUUAACACUGGACCAAGCUCUGGAGAAUAGAGAAAGCUUUACAGUUUCUUUGACUAGUAACUCAAGUUCUCUAGUAGUUAAUAGGUCAAGAGCUGUUGUAUACAUUGAGGACACUAGCAGUACAUUAUUUUUCAUCACCAGUGGUGCUAACACACGUUUCAAUGAAUACGAAGAUGUUAUAGUCAGCUAUGAGUUUCCUGGUGAAUUUGAGAAGUCGAUAUUCUUUAAUGUGAUUGUAGUUGACAUCAAUACAACUAAUGGAGAUUAUAGAGAUGGGUUUCAAACGAUAGAGAAGUUGCCUAAUGAAAGAAAAAAAGAUGUCCGGAUCCGUAUCAUCAAUGAUGAACUAGUAGAAGGACCAGAGACAUUCACUGUAUUCACAACAACAGCAGAAAGAAGACUUAGUUUUAUUGGCAGUCCAUUGAAUAUCACUAUUAUUGAUGAUGAUAGAGAAGUUUCUUCCAUUUGCACUAUUCAGUCUUCUUCAAUUGUCUAUCCUUUUCCUUCACCUGAUCUGUCGUAUCGUUAUCGAAGCAGCUGUGAACAUAUUGUCCUCAAAAGGUGUGGCCUUACCUCUCCUUACCUCCUCACUGCCGUAUACGAUGAUAGUGAUCUGGAUAAGAUUGGUUUUCAAGUGACCGAUAAAACCAUCGUCAUAUUUAAAAACCUUUCUUUAAUAUCAGAGAACCUUGGAGACCCGAUCCGUUUGGGCAUAGGCCUCGUUGAGUAUAGAACUAUAGAUCUCAUUGUUAAUAUAUCAAGAACUGACGUUAAUAUAUUAUUAAACGAGACAGGUUUAUUAAUUAAUGUACACAUUAAUGAGACUAAUGGUAUCGUCCUAACUGUCACUGAUCUGGGCGGAGGCGAAACCACCUGCGGAUUGUGUGGCUCUUUAAAUGGUACCCUAUACCUGAGUAAUGGAGUGGAUAGGCUAGUAUUGAAUGGUAGCACAGUUGGAGGAAGGAUGGUGGAUGAUUUUGUACAGAGUUGGGUUGUUAAUCCUCAAGAGAGAUUGUCUACUAGUGGAGAUGUGAAACCAGAAUGUGGCCUAUUAGUUAACGACAGUAUAACUGCUGAUCCACUCUUUCGUCUCCCCCUCCCUCCCUUUUCCCACAGCUCGCCCAGUAGGUAUCUCUGUUACGAAAUACUCGGUCAACGUGGUGACACGUUUAACCUAGUAUCGGACCGUUGUCUCUCAGUCUCCGCCCUUUAUGUACCCAUGAAUCAUCCGACUGAUGGAAACGUGAUUGGAGCUAUUGGCAUCAAGACUGUUGAUAAUAACGGAUCCUGUAUCAGUGUGAGCAUUUCUCAUGAAAGUGAUAGUAGCUGUUCUUUGACAGUCAAUGGCGUUUCGAGAACUCGUUAUGAUGAGGGGGCAGGCGUCGUCAUGACGACAGACGGUGGGCGUGUACUUGUUAGUGCUGCAAAUUGCGAGAAAGAGGGCGUGGUCAUGUGGGUUAAGUGUGGACUUGUUGACGGUCAGAGGAUGAUCGAUUUUGUGAUUAGUAGAGGUGCCAAUCUGAGACAAACUUCACAUGGACUUUUAGGUCAAUUUUGGAACACACCCAUCACUAUAGCCCCAUACACUAUACAGUUAACGCAAUCAUUGCUGGAGGACUUUGAUCAAACUCAGCUCUAUACCAUUCAAGUUAGUCCAGUUGGAGGAACCAGUCGUCAGUUCAUAGGAGAGCUCUACCAACGAAGUUGGGAUCGAUCUUUUAGGCCGUGCCUCUACGUGGGCAGCUCCCAGGGGGGAAAAUUGAAAGAUAUUCCCGGACCCUCUGACAGUGUUAUUGAGGGUUCCUAUAUUGAUUAUUUAGUGCCGGGUCUCCUAGCUACUGAUUUUAAAUUUUCUAGAUUCAAAAACUCAUUCUGCCCGUCAAACUAAUAAUAAUAAUGUUAUUUUCAUUCCUACUGUACAUGCUGAUUUAAUUUUCAUUAUUAAUUUU